AAGAAGCAAGAACGAAAGUGGAGGAAGAAGCGGACCCGGAAGUGCCUCGCGCUGAUGCCACGUCAGAGCUCCCAACUUUCCCGAGAAGCGCCGGUGGAUGUCCGUCAGCAUGUUGAGCCACGGGCUGCUUCUUCUGCUCCUGCAGGUACUGGUGGUGUUGGCCACCGAGUUCACCUUCGAACUUCCUGACAAUGACAGGCAGUGUUUCUACGAGGAGCUCGACAAGGAUGUCAAGUUUGAUCUCGACUACCAAGUGAUCACGGGCGGGAACUAUGACGUGGACUGCUCGGUGGCUGACCCGCAGCACAACGUGCUCUACGACGAGAAGAAGAAGCAGUACGACAGCUUCUCGCACACCACCGCCAUGAAGGGCGUCUACCAGAUCUGCUUCAGCAACGAGUUCUCCACCUUCACGCACAAAACCGUCUACCUGGACUUCCGCUUCGGCGACGAGGCGCCGCUGCUGCCGGGCAUGAGCCACGCCACCGCGCUAACUCAGCUGGAGUCCACGUGCGUCUCCAUUCACGAGAUCCUCAAGGUGGUGUCGGAGACCCAGGUGCGGUACAGGCUGCGGGAGGCGCAGGACCGCUCGCGGGCCGAGCACCUCCACGAGCGCGUCAACUUCUGGUCGCUCGGUGAAACCGUGCUGCUGUUUGUCAUCGGCCUCGGCCAAGUCAUGAUGCUCAAGAGCUUCUUCUCGGACAAGAAGGGCUCGGUGGCCGCCAUGACCUGAACUGCUCUGGGAUUCACUGGACUUGAUCUGUACUACAGAACGCCACUCAGCUUCAUUACACUGAUCCAUUUCAAUAUUUCACGUGUUAUUUAUGCGAGCAGGAUAAAGUCAUCCAUUCAUCUGCAGCCAUCAUUUUUUGGGUGUCUUUUCUUGUCCGCUCCAAUGGACCAAUGUGUUCACGGGUUGAGUUUGCCCAUAGUUACUGACUGCCCAACGUCUCUGUGAAGCCACUUUGGUGUAAUGUUGUUUACUGGUGCGAUAACCAGUAACUGUUACUGAGUCUUCAGAUGGAAUAAUAUUUAAUAAAAAUAUCUAUG